GCACGGGCUCGCCAGCGGCAGGCACGGGGUGGUGUUCCAGCGCCCGAAGCAGCUGGGCUACAGCGCGAGCGGCGGCUACGUCACGUCCGCGCUGGAGGGCAGCGCAGACCCCAAUGAACCAGCGGUCAAGGAGCUCAGCGAGCUCGCCGAGGCCAUCGACUCUGUACCGACCUUCCCUAGUCAAGAAUCCCAAGGUCGUCCCGCGGGCAAAGGCAAGGGCUCUAUUCGGUCUGGUGCUCGCAAGCGUCUGGCCGCUGAUGUUCCUGUCGACCCUGGUUCUGACCGUCCCGCCGACAUGGAAGAUGAUGACUUCACUUCAUAUGAAUACCUCAGACAAGUGUGCCGUGAGGAGUUCCAGCUCAUGCGCAGCACCAUCACCGCGGAGGUCAGCGGCACCGUGUCCAAGACUGUCGGCGACAACCACGCCACCCUCCUCUCCAUGCUCUCCGCUAUGCAGGCGGAAGUCGCCAAGCAAGCUACUGCCGUUGAGCAACAUGUCCAGUCUGCGCUCGCCCCUCGGCUCGACGCUGUCAGCAGGCGCUUCCAGUCCCAGAUUGAUGAGCACACGGCCCAGCUGCUUGCCGCUCAGACCAGGCUUGACCGACAUGAUUCCUACAUUGACGCUUUCCGCGAGCAGAUUGCGGAGCUUCGCAAGCAACUCGCCCUCGCUGCCGCAGCCCCUCGUGAUGAGCAGCCUCCACCUUCCUCCUUCGAGCGCGCCGAGGACUGCACCAUUGUUGUCGCUGUCUCGCAGAAGCCCACCACCCAGGCCAGUGUCAUCGCCUCCCUCCAGCCCUGGCUCGAGGGCCUCAACUUCACCAGUGAGGACUACUCCAUCGUGCUGCGUGGGGCCGCCCCCGCCCGCCGCUUCGAGGUUCAGUUCAAAGGUCCGUCGGGUGCUGCCGCUCGGAAGGCUCGCUCCGCCAUAUCGAAUCUACGUGACCAGACGGGUUGGAAGGAGUUUUGGGUCACCACGCCUGGUUCCGAGAAGUGCAGGCUCCACCUUGGCCCUGACAAGUCCCCUAAGCGCAUCAAGCUCGAGAUCUCCCUCCGGAAGGUUCGGCAGGCGGUCGAGCUCCAGUAUCCAGGAAGGAGAUUCUUUUCCGACAAAGAGCGCGGCGUCCUCUCGAUUGGGUGGGACAAGUUUAUGCAGUUGCAGGAUCACCGCCAGCUCGCCUCCUUCAUUGCGACCAUCGCGAAUGACAUCUCCAUCUUCUCCAGUUUCGACCAGGGCCCCGUGUUGGGCCAUAUCCGUGGUGGCGUGGCGUUAUUGGCUAUCAAGGCCUCACGUUCACGUGCGCAGGAGUACCCCGACAUGUGCACCACCUUUGUGUUGGGCGACUUCAAUUUUGCCGUGCGCGACGCGCUGGCGCUCGCGUGCCUCGCCGAGAUAGUGUGCGAGGACCCCUCGCACUUCGAAAAAGCAUCAGGAUCGUGCUCCGCCAUCGAUCGCAUCUUCUGCUCGCUGUCGGGUUGGCAGAUCUGCCAGGUUCACUCUCAGAUCAGUACGGUUGGCACUCGUGAGGCUCUCGAGUGGAUCCUCACGGGCCAGGGGCUCUUCGCUUGCUCGGGGGACACGGUUCAGAUCUUUCUCCCUGAGAAUGUCGCGGACGCCGAGCUCGCUGACCGCGCGUGCAUCCGACUUCCUGAUGCGCUGCCUCUGUCUCAUGGGCUCCCUGGGCCCCUCGCGCAGUUCGUCGCGUCCAUCUACUCGUCGAUCGAAGGGGUCACGCUCCACAAGGGGCAUCUCGAGCACGUGUUUUGGAUUCAGAGCGGGAUCAUUCAAGGUUGUCCCCUUUCUGGCACCCUGUACGCCCUCGGCACUGCCGCGUUCCUCGUGGACCUGGCUGAGAAGGUGGAGGGCCCUCAGUUCGGCCUUAUCAGAGCUUGCGCGGAUGAUAUCGGAGGCGUCUUGAGAUCCGUCCAGGCCCUCUCGGAGGUCUCUCAGGUCAUGUCCUGCGCGUCGGCCAUGGCUAACUUGGACCUCAAAGUGGCGAAGUGCAAGGUGGUUCCCCUUUCUGGACCCUUCUCCGUGGAGCUCGCCAGGGACGUUCGGGAUAUCAUUUCGACGCAGAUCCCUGAGUGGAUCGGGUUCGAGAUCACCUCGCAGCUUUUGUAUCUGGGCCUCUGGCUUGGCCCCGCCGUCUCCCCCACUACGUCAUGGGGCGCGCCUCUGUCGAAGCUCCGUUUGAGGGCUCAAGCUAUUGGACGCAGCACCACCUCUGCCAGUCACUCCGCCAUUCUCUACAACACGAGGGCGGUCACUACACUCUCUUGCGUCGCUCAGUUCUGCUGGCCGCCGAAGUCCGUUCUCCAGCCAGAGCUAUCGGUGCUGGCGCAGGUGUUUAGGCUCCCGUUAGGUGCGCUGCACCUCGACGCGUGGUCCCAGCUUGACCGCUGGGGCGGCCCGCGCUGCACCCGCUGGGGGAACCUCACGACUGCCACCAUCACCCGUGCCGCCACGCUCACCUUCCAGUGUUGGGCUCCUCUGCUUGCUCGCCUUCGCGCACACGCUGCUGAACACCCUGAAUGGGCCACGCUCGACAUGCUCGCCACGGGCCUCCCCUACCCCAACUUCUGGAAGGCGCCCGCGUUCGUCGAGAAUCUGGAAGCAGCUGCUACUGGUCGCCCACCUCCUGGUCCGCUCGCCGCAUUCGGUUCCACCCCACUGGCGGCGGCCAUUGCUGCGCUGGAACACGGUGGCCGCGCCCGCCCCCGCCCUCAGCGUGCCGCCCAUGCCGCACUCCGCGAGGCCUCACUGGCUGCCCGUCCCCUUCGUUCCCUGUUCACCAUGCGCCUUGCCAAGAUCGCUGGCCAGCACGCCAGGUCUCUCUGCUGCGUGGAUUGGGACGCUUGCCAGGCCGUCCUUCGAAGGUGCCCGUGCUCGUGGGCCUGGGCGGUGAUCCGCUCGUGGACCGACGGGUGGAUGACCCCCGCCCGCAUCGUCUCCCCGCUGGGGAUGCGCCCCUGCGCGUUCGGCUGCAUGGGCAAGCGCGACGCGCUCGAGCACUACGCCCGAUGCCCUGUCCUCUGGUCCGCUCUUCGGCGCGCGCUGGCCCGCCCCUUCGCCCUCGACUUUCCGUCCAGAUGGGGUCUGCGCCGCCCAUCGUUCCAUUCCUACUCCGUCCUCGCGGCCGCCUACAACAUGUACUACGAGGCCCGCCUGAGUGCUCACGCCUGCUGUCUCUACCGCCACCCCCUCUACGCCACCAUCAUCGUGCGAGUCUCCUGUUUCCUCGUCGGAGGCGUCUUCGGCGUCCGAUUCAGACAGUGGCACGUCGUGCACGCCACGAUCACCAUCUGUGCAUGCUCCCCGCUGCUUGCCAUCGCCCUCUUCGUGUUCGCCGACUGCGCCAUCGUGCCCGCCGAGUUCGGCUACCCCACGUGCACCUUCGGCUGCGACCCCGCCAACGGCGUGCUCUCCAGCUUCACCAUUGUCGCGCCGUGCUUGUGCGACGCCGUCCUCGCCCAUGUCGUUGCCGACUCCAGUUUCAUGCUGUGCGUGGGUGACGCCGUCCUCGCCUGUGUCUGCGUGCGCUUCACGAAGGGCGCCUUCUGCGUCGGCGGCGUUGCCGUCGUCCUUUUCGAGCUGUGCUCGGGUGACACCUUCUCCGCCGUGGGCGCGCCCGGCCCCUUCCUCGCGGCGUGCUUCGGUGGCGCCGUCGUCGCCGGUGUCCGCGUGUGCGCCGCUGGGGGCGGCCUCUUGGACAUCGGUUGCGCUGUCAUCAUCUCUUUCGUGCGGGGCUUCGGUGUCGCCCCCCUCGCCAGUAACGCUGGCGGCCCCGACCUCGCGCUGUGCGCCGACGGCGCCGACCUCGCCGAUUUCGUUGUCGACAGGCUUCUCCCCGACCUCGUCGCCGCCCCUCGGCGUUAG